CGCUGCAGUUGAGACUCCACUUUUCGCACCAGCGGACGUAGUACAUAAAACCGAGGCGAACCCAAGAACCGCAAAGCCGCCAAACACUCGAUAAUGCCGCAUUCCGAGCUUCACUUGUCUGCGGUGGUUGGCCUCCUUCUUCUGCUGACCUUUGGCACCACCUCCGCCGACACACUGAACAAAACGAUUGUGGUGCACACGCCGCUCCAGAACUACGAUCAGCCCACUAUCCGGGACUACGAGGAAUGCCAGGCGAACCGGGACCAGUGUCUGAGUGUGUGUGGCGAUGACGUAUCCUGCAUCGGAGAGUGUCCCGUUUGCCCGGAACUGUACGAGAAGCCACUGAUGGUCCAGGGCGUGAAUGACACGAAUGUAGUGGCACCACCGCAGGCCCCCAUGAACACCACCAACAUUAUUAGGCUGACGAACGAGAUCAACAACAUCAUUGAGCACCAAAUCCAAAACCGCAACCAAGUCAAUGUCCAGGUGCAGCAGAAUGUCUCUCAGGUGGGCGGACGCUUCGGAUUGGGCUACAGUGAUCAGGGAUCCUGCUGCUAUGUGGUGCGCCUGGAUCGGGAGUGUGAGAAGAAGGGAUCGGAGGGAUGUCGCGAGAAGAGCCGCCAGCGGGUCUGCGGAGAAAGGUGCCAGGCGAGGGUGAUGUUGGCCAAGCUGGUUGUCCAAUGCGAGACUGAGAAUCCCGACAACUGUCACGAGACCAUCGAAUAUGUGCCCAGGCGGAGGAGAGCCCACUCGAGAAAGCAAGGCCAACCAUGCCAGUACUUUGGCAACAAUUGGCCCUACUUCACAUGCGGCCAAGGCCACGGACAAGGCCAGGAUCAGGGGACUUCUGAGACUCCCAGAGUGAAGCGUAGCACUUGCCAGCAGUGCCUCAAUAUGCCCUACGGAUACAUCCUGCAGAACGGUCUGCCCGCUCAGUGUGCAGGCUGCUUCCAGGGAUUCGGAGCUCCGAUGAUGCCAAUCUACAGUCUCCCCUACAUGUACUCUCCCUAUAUGCCAGCAUUCCCAGGCUAUGGUGGCAACUUCCCAGGCAACGGCAACAGCAUUGGAAACCAGAAUGGAAAGGACAACGAAGUCACAGGAUCAGGGGACGAUGGCUUUGUUGUCUGCGACGAUGAUGACAUUGAAAAGUGUCUGAAUGAUAAAUAUGGUUCGCUGGAAGUGGCACCCGAAAAGCCCAAGGAGGAGGAUGAGGACUACGGAGUUGAAGCUCAGCGCCGCAGAAGACGACAAAGUGGCCGCCACUUUGUGCGAUCGAUUUACAGCAAACGAAACCGCAAGGAUAACUGAUUCGAUUCCUAGUAUUUGUUCAUAGCUACGAACUCUUAAGAUUUUCUGUGAAAUUAAAUUUAGAUACAUUUUACUGAAUUACCACUGAACUCGCCAUUUGUUUAUAGAACUAUUCCCAAUAAAGAACUAUCUUCGAGCGGUUUAAGCGGCUUGAAUUCCUAA